AUGCCCAUCAUACAUCAGCGCCAACUAUCUACCUCGUCUGACUAUUUAUUUUCAACUUCAGCAACUACUAUGGGCAUCGUGGAGAGCAGAUUAUUGGCAGAAAACGUUCUUUUUGCUUGUGAUAAAGCUACAGAAGAGGGAAAUAACCGAAUUGAUACAUCUCAAUUCUGGAAAGACACUGAAAAUAUCAAAGCAUGGAAAACUGUAUCCAAACAUAUUCCUCAGCGCUUUCGACAAACUCGUCAGUCAGCUAUACAGAAGACCAUCGCAAGGUCCUCCAAAGAGUUCCAAAUACCACAAGCUGUCCAAGACCUUCAGGAAAAGCGUGCAUCGCUUUUUUCUAUAUCAUUACAAGAAAGAGGCCAUGAGAGUGAAAAUGAUUCUUCAAGUACUCAUCAAAUCACUUCUUUAACUUGCCAUGUUCCAAAUUCGCCGCAAAACUGCCCGCUCUCUGAUUUCUAUCAAUUACUCGUCUUAUGUGAAAACGAACAACGUUUAGGGAGGAUUCGCCUCCGGAUUUGCUAUGUGGUGUUUUACCGCUUGAAGAAUGCCAUAAAACCAGGUACCCAGUACCAAUACGAUGAAAUAUCAAUUUCCAUAGCCCAUCUCAUACGAGAAUCAGGCUGCAAAGACCAGAUUCACGACAUUGAACGUCGGGUGCGACUCUGGGUUGGUUUAGGAGAGCGUUACAGUUUAAUAGCUAAUGACCUUGGCGGGCUGGGGAUAUUAUAUAUUCUCCCUGAAGAUGGUGGCGAGUCGAUCUGGACCAAGGAGCUGCCUAAGUCAGUGAAUAAUCCUAAAAGAGUCGCCAUGUUGAAAAAUCUCAGAGAGAAAGGAUUGCCAGAACAGGCUCAUAUACGAGGUCUUCAUACCUUGGCAGAGGAAGAGACUGCAAAGAUUUUGGGACCGAUCCAAGUCUCACUACACCGAGUGCUAGAAAAUCAACUAUCGCAGGCAAAUACAAACGGAGAUCGACAAUACAGCCCCAACUCGCCACAGCUUGAUAUCUCUCGAUGCCAUCAGCGAGAUGCAGGAAUGACUUGCACAAAGUCGGAUCAAUUCUGGGAGCCCGUCUUCCCAAUCUGGAGCACAAUUAGCUACGCAUGA